CUGCAAGCACCGCUAUCCUACAGGCUCCCGGAGACAUAAGAGAAGAUCAAGAAAACAUAACAAGAAGAUCUUGCUGAACGCAGCUAUGGUUGUGACGUAAGGCACCUGUUUAACCUUCGGCUGGAAAUAAGUUAUUUGCCUGACUACCCGACGUGAAGCAGCAGCUUUGAACUUUGGAUCCUCUUUGGGCUGGAAGAAAGGGUAACAGAAGAACCUCGUUACUAAGCAGAUGGAUCUCUUCCUUGGAAGGUGGUGACAGGAGGAGGUAGAAUCCCGCUGCCACAGAGACUGCUGCAAAGUCCGUACAAUGUUUCUUUCAUGAGACGGCACACUGUGGAUUGGAGCUGAAGAUGCGGCCAUGGACGGGCUCCUGGCGUUGGAUAAUGCUUAUCCUUUUUGCAUGGGGGACCCUACUGUUUUACAUUGGUGGACACUUGGUGCGAGAUAAUGAAAAUCCAGAUCACUCCAGCAGAGAACUAUCCAAGAUACUGGCAAAACUUGAACGACUGAAACAGCAAAAUGAAGACUUGAGGCGAAUGGCAGAAUCUUUAAGGAUACCAGAAGGUCCAAUUGAACAGGGUGCCGCGGCAGGAAGGAUACGAGCAUUAGAGGAGCAGCUGUUAAAGGCCAAAGAACAGAUAGAGAUGUACAAACAGCAGUCCAGCAAUGCUGUUUCAGGCCUGGGAAAAGACCAUGAAAUUUUAAGAAGAGCUAUUGAAAAUGGAGCCAAGGAAUUCUGGUAUUUUGUCCAAAGUGAAGUAAAGAAGUUAAAGCAUUUGGACAGGAAUGAACUCCAAAGACAUGUAGACGAGAUAAUUAUCGACAUGGGACAUCAGCAAAGGUCAGUGAUGACAGAUCUCUACUACCUCAGUCAGACAGAUGGAGCGGGCGACUGGCGUGAGAGGGAGGCCAAAGAUUUGACAGAUCUGGUGCAAAGAAGGAUCACCUAUCUCCAGAAUCCCAAGGAUUGCAGUAAAGCAAAGAAGCUUGUUUGUAAUAUCAACAAGGGCUGUGGAUAUGGCUGCCAGCUCCACCAUGUUGUCUACUGUUUUAUGAUUGCCUAUGGUACACAAAGAACCCUCAUUUUGGAGUCUCAGAGCUGGAGGUACGCUACUGGUGGAUGGGAAACAGUCUUCAAGCCUGUCAGCGAAACAUGCACGGAUAGAUCUGGUUCCUCUACAGGACACUGGUCAGGCGAAGCAAAUGAUAAGAAUGUUCAAGUUGUGGAGUUGCCCAUCGUUGACAGCCUGCAUCCACGGCCACCAUACCUACCUCUCGGUGUACCAGAAGACCUGGCUGACCGCUUAAUACGUCUGCACGGUGAUCCUGCGGUGUGGUGGGUCUCACAGUUUGUCAAGUAUUUGAUUCGGCCACAGCCUUGGCUGGAGAAGGAGAUUGAGGAAUCAACCAAAAAGCUUGGCUUCAAGCAUCCAGUCAUUGGUGUUCAUGUCAGGAGGACGGAUAAGGUUGGAACCGAGGCAGCUUUCCACCCGAUUGAAGAAUACAUGGUGCAUGUCGAGGAACAUUUCCAACUGCUUGCUCGCAGGAUGCAGAUAGACAAGAAGCGUGUUUACCUGGCAACGGAUGACCCCACACUGCUGCAAGAGGCCAAAGCCAAAUAUCCCCAGUAUGAGUUUAUAAGUGAUAACUCCAUUUCCUGGUCAGCUGGUCUGCAUAAUCGCUACACAGAAAAUUCUCUCCGGGGCGUUAUUCUCGAUAUCCACUUCCUGUCGCAAGCAGACUUUCUCGUGUGCACCUUCUCCUCCCAGGUGUGCAGAGUGGCCUAUGAAAUCAUGCAGACGCUCCACCCCGAUGCUUCAGCCCAUUUCCACUCCCUAGAUGAUAUUUAUUACUUUGGUGGACAGAACGCUCACAACCAGUUGGCAAUAUAUCCCCACCAGCCACGGAACGCAGAGGAAAUCCCCUUGGAACCCGGGGACAUUAUCGGGGUGGCCGGAAACCACUGGGACGGCUACUCAAAGGGCAUUAACCGCAAGCUUGGCAGGACCGGUCUGUACCCGUCGUACAAAGUAAAGGAAAAAAUAGAGACAGUGAAAUAUCCAACAUACCAAGAAGCCGAAAAAUAGAUGUCACCCAUUGACUGAAACAUGUGCCAACUAUAAACGAAACCAGAAGGGAGAAUAAGUUGCCGUUUUAAUUUAUAUUUUAAAAAAAAAAAGGAAGCUGUUUUACCUUAAACAUGUCAGAAAGUGACACUGAGUAACUGCUGAAAACUCCAUAAACUACCUUGGGCACUUGUCCUAUUGAGUACGAGAUGGAAGAGACGUCCAUCCAGCCGCUCUUACUGGUUAAUGAAGCUCGAUGCUCUCCUUCUGCCAUUUACCGACGGCGACUCCAUACUGCCAUACUGUGCAGUUAGGGGGGCAGAACUAUGUUUUAUACGUGCAAGAUUUUAAAUGGUGCCUGUGACCCAUGGGUUACCUGUGAUAAAUGCCAGGUACAGCGUUUAAGUACUGUGCAGUUGUUAUUUGUCCUUAAUUAGCAUUCCCAGCGCCGGAAACACUCCAGUCAAAGAUUCCAAAUGAAGUUAGAAUAUUUUGCUUAAGGAACCCUGGUUUGGGAGCCAAGUCACGUGAUGAGAUUCACAUCAUUAUUGGCCAGAAGGAACAAUCCACCGGGAAGGAGAAGUCAUUCAUACUUUGCUACGAGGGUUCUCCUUUGUUUUUGUUUUUUUAAACCUCCAUAAACUGAUUCUUAUAAAGGUGUUUCUUGGCAUUGUCUUUGAUAACAAACAAUUAAAUAAUACCAAAAA